GUGCUUUUUACCUAUGUAAAAAGCACACAAUACACAUAAGAAUGCCCAUUGAAAUAUAAUUAUCCAAAUUUACCAUUGAAUAAUAAUUAUCCAUUCCAUUAUCUGUGGCACCUAUCGUGAAAAGUUCACUAUGGCGGGGGAUUUCCGUUUUAUCGUAAACGUUCUUGAGUUUUGAUAUCUUAAUGACAUAGAUUAUAAUAAACUUUUUAUGGCCGAAAUAAGAAAAUUAAGUAAAAUGCCUUCCGAUUCCCAGUUCCAAGUCCAACACAUCCACCACCCAUCCAGUUCGAUAGAACAGACCGUUGUAUGUUGAGAGCAAUGGCACCAAUUUACAGCAAAAAUGCAAUCCUUGUGGGAGUGGUUGAUUAUUUCUGUCUUGUGUGUGAAGCCCACCUCCACAGUGACAUUGACACAAUUGCACACAUUAUACAGCCUGUUCACCUGAAACAUCUGAAAGCUAUAAUAAAUGUUGAGGAAUUCAAAGCUGAUGGGAUUAAAAAGAUCAAAAAUAAAUAUUUUUGCGAGCUAUGCAAUAAACUGCUCAAUGUGCUAGCUAGAGUACGUUUGCAUAUCACUGAACAAUCACAUAUAGAUAAUAAAAACAUCAGUUUUCUCAAAAGGGUUGGCGAUUAUAUUAUUGCAUAUGAAAAAGUUUUAAUAUGCAACCGUUCAUGGAAUGGAUUGAAUGAAAACUCUUGUGCUCUAUGUAAUAUUGAAUAUGAAAGUGAGGAGAUUCAUAAAAACCAAUCUUCUCACAUACUCAACGGAAUACAGAUAAAAGUACAAUUUGAUAGUGACAAAAAUAUUUAUCGCAAAAUUGACGAAGUUUCUUUCCAUUGCUUGACUUGCAAUGAUAUAGUUCUCGGUCAAAAUUCUUUAACAUCUCAUUUUACUGGAGAUGAUCAUAAAAAACUAUACCAAGCCUGCUGUGAAGCUUACAACAAGAUAACAGUUGAUAAAGGCCCAGAAAAACUAUUCAUAACCAUUCAUAAUUUUAAUGAAAAAUCCAAAGGGCAAAAAAAACUUAACUCUAGUGAUGAACCAAUACUUCCUUGUGAUCAGAUAAAGUCACAUGCGAUAGUUGAAUCUGAAACUAAAACGAAAGAAGUUAUUGUACAUGACUUAACAUCAGAUAAAAUUAAGGUAAUUGAAGGGACAGAAUCUGGAUCUGAAGUUUAUAACCACAAAAUUGGAAAACAUCCUUUAAAGGUAAUUAAAGAAACAGAAUCUACACCUGAAGUUUAUAACCAAAAAAUUGCAAAACAACCUUUAAAGGUGAUUGGAGAAACGGAAUCUGCAUCUAAAGUUUAUAACCAAAAAAUUGCAAAACAAACUUUAAACGUAAUUAAAGAAACAGAAUCCGCACCUGAAGUUUAUAACCAGAAAAAUGCAAAACCACCUUUAAAGGUCAUUGAAGAAACGGAAUCUGAAUCUGAAGUUUAUAACCAGAAAAUUGCAGAGCAACCUUUAAAGGUCAUUGAAGAACCGGAAUCUGCAUCAGAAGUUUAUAACCAAAAAAUUGCAAAACAACCUUUAAAGGUCAUCGAAGAAACGGAAUCUGCAUCUGAACUUUCUAACCAAAAAAAUGCAAAACAACCUAUAAGGGUAAUUGAAGGAACAGAAUCUGCAUCUGAAGUUUGUAACCAAAAUAUAGCAAAACAACCUUUAAGGGUAAUUGAAGAAACAGAAUCUGCAUCUGAAGUUUGUAACCAAAAUAUUGCAAAUGCGGCAGAACUAGGUAAAGAAGACAAUACUAAAUUAAAAUAUGUUUAUGACGAAAAUGAUGAAUAUAAAAUUUGUAAAUCUCUAAACUGCACUGGUUACAUAACUACUGACCAAGAUAAAAAAAAUUGGUGUAUUUUAUGCGAUUGGGCUAUGGUUGCUGCAAAUAUCAGCAGCCAUGUCAAAGGGAAACAUCACCAAACUAUGCUUAAGUUACACAUAGCACGUUUACAGAAAUUGAAAAACAAUAAUAAAAGUGUUAAUUAUAAAGAAGGUGCCCAAAAUGUUGAAUCCGAUGAGAUUCCAGAAAAUUUAAAUAAAUUGCAAAAAGGCGACGCUAUUGUUAACUCUGAAUCAAACCCAGUGGCUUGCAACAAGAGUUACACACAUGUAGAAGUUGUUAACAAAACCAUUGAAAGUAACAUUUUGGAACACAAAAAAAAGCAUAGCGUUAUAAAGGAAGGCAAAUCGAAAGCUUUUGAUUGUUGCAAAGAAUCUUAUAUGAAUAAACAUUUACACGACGAUAACGAUGAUAAUAAAGAAAUUAAAAAACAAAAUGGAAAUUAUGAUGAGAUAGUGGAAAAACUAAAUGAAUUCCAAAAAAACGACAUUAACAUUAAUUUUGAAUCUCUUUCAGCAUAUUGCAAAAAAUGUAAUACACAAAUAGACUUUGCUAACAAAGCUAUAGAAAAACAUAUUUUGGAACACAAACUAAAGCCUGCUAAAAAGAAAGGUAAAGCAAAAAUGUUUGAUAGCUUACCUUCGAAAGUAUCAGAAACAAAAAGUUUUGUUACAUGCCCUGUGUUACUAAAAAGUAAUGAUACCAAUAAUGGGGAAAAUAAACAAGAAACAACAAGAAACAAAAAAAAUGAUAAAGUUUGUUCAGUAAUAAGUGGUGUUGAUACAUCUAAAAUUUUAGAAGAUAUAGCGUCAAGUAAUGAUACUGAAAACAUACCAAAAAAUGCGGAAACUAAAUCUACUAGCUUGCAAGUCGUACAUCCAAAAACAAAAAAAUCGAAAGCAGUUAACCUGUUAAAAGUGCCGCUUAAAUCUUUCGUACAUAACGUAGUUGCUUUGAACAAUAUGAUGUACAAAGAUGUGUUAAUAAAUGAUAAAUACUGCGUAAAUUUCUUCUGCUUCUGUUUUAUGGUGCAGGUUGGACAAGAUAAGUACAGAUGUCAGGUAUGCCAUGAGUGUUUCCGAGUUAACGACUGUGAGUUCCACUGCGCGAAGGUGGAACACGCAGUGGCCAUGCAUGAGACACCAGUGAUAGCAAAUGACGACUCGGAAUUUAUAAGGGAGAUUAACCCGGGAUCUUUCCUGUGCGGUUUCUGCAACAUGGUCGAAGCGUCCUGGGAGAGUAUGGAGGCACAUCUGAGGAGUUCCGGGCAUAAGGAAUGCAAGAAUGCGGCGUCUUGGCGCAAAGAGGUGUACCAACCGAGAACAGAAGAAACAGAUAACUUCGAACAAAUAGUAACUGAUAGUGUUGCUAUGGACAUGCUUAUGAAUCGGAUACCUAAUAAUUUGGGUGAUGCUUAGAGUAAAAAAAAUUAAAAACGUGGCAUAAACUCUUAGAUGCUGACUUACGAGUAUAGGCGCCAUCUAAAGUUACGACACCGAUUUGGCGAAGUGUUUUGUAAACAGAAAAUUGACGGAUGCAAAAAGAAAAAUAAUGAUAUUUGUUUUUUUUUUGAAGUGAAACUUCUUUAUCGGAAUUGGAGAAAAAUUUAGCGUAACAUUUUUCAGUUACGCGUCACAUUUUUUCGUUACGCGUCGUCUUUUUCUUGUCUCAACCACGGUUGAUUCGAGUUUAUUCGAACUUCAAAUGCAUUGCAAAAUUUAAACGG